UCUGCAGACACGAUGAGGCGAGUGGUACGACAAAGCAAGUUUCGGCAUGUAUUUGGACAAGCAGUAAAAAAUGACCAGUGCUAUGAUGACAUCCGGGUUUCUCGUGUGACCUGGGAUAGUUCCUUUUGUGCUGUCAAUCCCAGAUUUGUUGCCAUAAUCAUAGAAGCGAGUGGGGGAGGAGCAUUCCUCGUGCUGCCUUUGCAUAAGACUGGUCGAAUUGACAAAUCCUACCCUACAGUAUGUGGCCACACAGGACCAGUGCUGGACAUAGAUUGGUGCCCACAUAACGAUCAAGUCAUUGCCAGCGGUUCAGAGGACUGUACGGUUAUGGUAUGGCAGAUUCCAGAAAAUGGACUCACCCUUUCUCUGACUGAACCUGUGGUGGUUUUAGAAGGCCACUCAAAGAGAGUUGGCAUUGUGGCCUGGCAUCCGACAGCCCGCAACGUGCUUCUUAGCGCAGGCUGUGAUAAUGCCAUCAUCAUCUGGAACGUGGGGACCGGGGAAGCUCUUAUAAACUUGGAUGAUAUGCAUUCAGACAUGAUUUACAAUGUGAGCUGGAACCGGAAUGGCAGCCUGAUCUGCACAGCUUCCAAAGACAAGAAAGUGAGAGUCAUCGAUCCUAGGAAACAAGAGAUUGUUGCUGAGAAGGAGAAAGCACAUGAAGGAGCAAGACCCAUGAGAGCCAUCUUCCUGGCCGAUGGCAAUGUCUUCACCACUGGGUUCAGCCGCAUGAGCGAGCGGCAGCUGGCCCUCUGGAACCCGAAAAACAUGCAGGAACCGAUUGCUCUUCAUGAAAUGGAUACCAGCAAUGGGGUGCUGCUGCCCUUCUAUGACCCCGACACCAGUAUCAUUUACUUAUGUGGAAAGGGUGACAGCAGUAUCCGCUAUUUUGAGAUCACGGAUGAAUCCCCGUAUGUCCACUACCUCAACACGUUCAGCAGCAAGGAGCCUCAGAGAGGGAUGGGUUACAUGCCCAAGAGAGGACUUGAUGUUAACAAAUGUGAGAUUGCCAGGUUCUUCAAACUUCACGAGAGAAAGUGUGAGCCUAUUAUCAUGACUGUACCCAGGAAGUCUGACCUUUUCCAAGAUGACCUGUAUCCUGACACAGCGGGGCCAGAAGCUGCACUGGAGGCAGAAGAGUGGUUUGAGGGGAAGAAUGCAGAUCCCAUCCUCAUCUCCUUGAAGCAUGGGUACAUUCCAGGCAAAAACAGGGAUCUCAAGGUGGUCAAGAAGAACAUUCUGGAUAACAAGCCCACUGCAAACAAGAAGUGCGACCUGAUCAAUGUCUCCAAGAAAAUCACAGACACAGCUAGUGUGCAAAAUGAAGCCAAGUUGGAUGAGAUUUUAAAAGAGAUCAAAUCUAUAAAAGACACAAUCUGCAAUCAAGAUGAGCGUAUUUCCAAGUUAGAACAGCAGAUGGCGAAGAUAGCAGCCUGAAGGCCCCACCCCCACCCCUCCAAGAAAUGGGAGCAAGAACUUGUGCUUGGUAGCUGGUUGUUGGUGUGGUCCUCGGGAGGGCGGAACGGGAGGCACUGCCAUUUGGAGACAUUCCAUUUCAGAUUUGUCAACCAGCGAUAGGCCACAUUCCAGUAAGAACUCAAUUCGUCUCCCAAAUUUACAGAAACAAAACUUGAUUUAAAAGCUGAGCUUUUUAUCAGAAAGCUUUUUUGAUGUUUUAAGUGUUAUGUGACUUGUUGAACUUUUAAAAGACAAAAGUGCUACUUUUAAAAUCCCAGAUACUCUGAAUUUUGGAAAACAAACCAACUCUGAUUCAGCGUCAUGCCCAAGUACCUUUUUUUUUAUGAGUAGGGACCAAUGCCACAUUGCUUUUUAUAUUUCUUUCUUUUUUAAUGUUGCCAAAACCAAAAGUAACUUUUUUUUUUCUUUAUAUUUUGCUACUUUGCAGUAUUUGUGUGCGGGUUUUUUUUUUUUUUCCUUAAUUUGAAAGGGACAGCACUGUGUAUGUUUAUAAACUAAAUGAAGA